GUGUGGGUGAAGAGAGGAAACCCAUUUUAAUUAAAGGUGCUGGAAGCGGCUAUAUAAAGACUAAUGCAUUCAGAAAAGAGAGACCACAGCAGGUGACAGGAAUCUCCACAGUACCGACCUACAAACAAGAAAGCCCAUUCACGAGGAUGGUUCCAAGAAAAGUGAUGGCAACACUUCUACUCCUGUACCUGGUAGCCAUGCUGGCUAAACAAAGCGAGGGCUACAUAGCCUUUUAUGGCCGGGAACAUUUCAGAAAAAUGGAGGAGAGUGAGAAGAACCAAGCACAGAAGAAAUCCCUGAGUCUGCAGCAGCGAUCAGACAUACAAGAUUUUCCUGAACAUUCAGAAGAUGAAGGGCAAGUCAUCAAGCUGACUGCUCCUGUAGAAAUUGGGAUACAUAUGAACUCCAGGCAGAUAGAAAAAUACGAAGAUGUCCUGAAGGAACUCCUUACGGAGAUAUUACUACACAUUCAGAACGUUAAUUCAUAUUCUAAGAAUUAGAAGAUUUGAAUGGAAGACUUCCUGCACAUUUGUGAGACUCCACACAGUAGAAAUACUGUCUGUAAGCUGCUGUAAUGCGGUGGGGGAAAUAUACUUAUGCUAGCUAAUAAAA